UCUUCUUGUCUCCAAAAUCUCAGCUCACUGUGCUCUUCUUCCCCACAAAAACACACCAAUUUGGAUGAGAAGGGAAAAAACUUAGUUGUUCUUCCUUUUUUAGAAAACCCCAAACAAAUAUCCUUUCAAUUUCACAAACCCAUUACAAAAAAAGCUUCCUUUUUUCUCUUAAAACAUUGAGAAAAUCCAAGAACAAGAAGAACACGAAGAACAAGAAGAAGAAACCCUAGAACAAGCUUUGAGAAUUGGAAUGGACUUCUCAAACAACAGCAUCAACCACCAACAAGCUGUAGCAACCUCCUCUACCAGCAGUAGAUAUGAGAAUCAAAAGCGUCGCGAUUGGAAAACUUUCGGUCAAUAUCUCAACAAUCAUCGCCCUCCGCUCGCUCUCUCGAGAUGCAGCGGUGCGCAUGUUCUUGAAUUCCUCAGGUAUUUGGAUCAAUUUGGAAAGACGAAAGUGCACACAGCUAUUUGCCCUUUCUAUGGACUUCUGAACCCUCCCGCGCCAUGCCCGUGCCCUCUACGACAAGCGUGGGGUAGUCUCGACGCGUUGGUUGGCCGCCUUCGAGCCGCUUUCGAAGAGAAUGGUGGGAAGCCUGAAGCCAAUCCAUUUGGGGCUAGAGCUGUGAGGCUCUAUCUUCGUGAAGUUCGUGAUUUGCAGUCAAAAGCUAGAGGGAUUAGCUAUGAGAAGAAAAGAAAGCGCCCACAAGCACCUCAUGGUGCACCAAGAUCAUCAUAAAAGAUGCAAACUUUCAAAGGGAAAUAACGAACACAACAAAUUCACCAAUUGGGUAUUGCUCUAAACCUAAUUAUAAAUCAUGGGUUUUGCUUAAUUUUUCAUUUUCUUUUUUUUCUUGAAUAAAUUAAGGGUUUUUACUCUCUCUAUUUCCUCUAGGGUUUGGUAAAUUUCAAGCAUUUUUUACCCUCUUUUCUUUGCUUUGGUGAAUAAAUUUUUCUGAAAAAGCUUCUAAGAAGACUGUGAAAAGGUGUAAAUCUCUGCUUUUGAUGCAAAUACUAUCAGUCUUACUAUUUGUGCACU